AUGGCGUAUGUCCAGUUGGAACCAAUAAAUGAGGGCCUGUUGUCUAGAAUCUCGGACCUCUUGCUGUGCCGAUGGACCUGCGGGAGCUGCUGUCAGACUUGUUACGAUUGUAGCUGCUGCCAAUCGAGCGAAGAUGAAGUGGAAAUCUUGGGGCCUUUCCCAGCACAGACGCCUUCUUGGUUGGUAAGCAACCGAAGCGACGAGAAAGAUGGCGAUUCUGACAACACCACAGCGAGCGAGCCUCCCCCGACGCCUCAGGAAAGACGGAGGUCCUCUUCGGAGACGUCCAAGUCCACUUACAGUCUCGCCAGGCGGAUUUCAAGUCUGGAGCUGAGGCGGCCAAGUUCCCCCUUAAUCGACAUUAAACCCAUUGAGUUUGGGAUUUUAGGAGCCAAAAAAGAAAUAGUCCAGCCUUCCAUCCUGAGGAAACCCUACACUUCCGACGACUACUUCAGGAAGUUUGAGCCGAGGCUGUAUUCCCUUGACUCUAACAGCGAUGACGCGGAUUGUCUGACAGACGAGGAGAUGUUGGCCAAGUACCAACUGGGGAUGCUGCAUUUUAGUACUCAGUACGACCUCUUGCACAAUUACCUGAUCGUCCGGGUCAUCGAGGGCAAGGAUCUCCCGCCUCCGAUUUCCUACGACGGCUCGAGGCAGGACAUGGCUCACUCCAACCCUUACGUGAAGAUCUGUCUCCUUCCGGACCAGAAGAACUCCAAGCAGACGGGAGUCAAGCGCAAAACCCAAAACCCCGUGUUUGAGGAGAGGUACACCUUCGAAAUCCCGUUUUUGGAAGCGCAGAGGAGGACUCUGCUCUUGACCGUAGUGGAUUUUGACAAGUUUUCACGCCACUGCGUCAUUGGGAAAGUGUCCAUGCCCUUGAGCGAGGUGGACCUGGUUAAGGGUGGGCAUUGGUGGAAGGCGCUGGUUCCCAGUUCCCAGAACGUGGAGUUGGGAGAACUCCUCCUCUCCUUGAACUACCUUCCCAGUGCAGGAAGACUGAACGUUGAUAUUAUCAGGGCGAAACAGCUGCUCCAGACGGACAUGAGCCAAGGCUCAGACCCCUUUGUGAAAAUCCAGCUUGUCCACGGGUUGAAGUUGGCGAAAACGAAGAAGACCUCUUUCAUCAAAGGCACCAUCGACCCCUUCUUCAACGAAUCCUUCAGCUUCAGGGUCCCGCAAGAAGAGCUCGAAAAUGCCAGCUUAGUGUUCUCAGUCUACGGGCACAACGUGAAAAGCAGCAAUGACUUUAUCGGGAGGAUCGUGAUCGGCCAGUACUCGACCGGCUCUCCCGAAUCCAAGCACUGGCGACGGAUGCUCAGUUCUCACCGGACAGCCGUGGAGCAGUGGCACAGUCUCCGGUCCAGAGCGGAGUGCGACCGCGUCUCCUCGGCGUCCCUGGAAGUGACGUGA